AUGUUCGAAAUUGAAAAUUUGGACCUUCAGCAUCCGACAUAUUGGAGCCGAAACCCAAACAUUUGGGGAAGUUUAAGCGAUUGGGACAUUUACUUUAUUGAUAAAGUACCUGGAUGCAAUAAAAGAGAAGCGCACCGAUCUCUGAGUGUUGAACUUGGCAUCCUUCUUGACAAUCUGCCAAGAAAAAAUCGUCGUUUUGUCAAAGCAAGCGCCUUGAAAAAAGCCUUGGAGAACUGUGAGAACGAUUCCGCGAAUGAUUUAUUAUGGAAAAAUCAUCUCAAGAAAUUGGAAUCACUUGCUAUUUCGGAUCGAGUACACAAACGUGAAAUAAAAAGCAUCGCCAUACAAGAAGAAAUUGGACGAGCUGAAGAACAGUUAUUGGAGAAACCCCCAGAAAAACGUAAAGCCAACAUAGAGGAUUCAAAGGUUGAAGAAAGGGUUGGCGAAAAAAGACAACGGCUGACCAGGAGUAUGAAUAAGCAAAAAGCAGAAUCUUUUACGGAUCUAAUAACAAAUUCUGAAUCUUACGGAUUAGGUGAUGAGAAUGAAGAUAUUCUAGAUAAUGAGCAGACACCUUCAGUAGCUCCAAGUACCGUCGAAACAAAAGUAAUUGUUGAAUCAAAUAAAAAGGCAGUCCAAGACUUGCUCGGCGUUAAAUGUUCAGAAAAUAUGCAAUUAAUUUGCCAAUAUCACGAUAAGACAUACCCAGAUGAAAUCUUACUUGAUUUACGUCCUAACUCAAGAUUUACCAAGGAACUUCCCUUAAAUAUUUUGUCACCAUAUCUAAAGGAGCUCGAUGAUAAAAUCGAGAACUUGAUUCCAUCACACAUUCACGAAUUCUUGACCCAGUUUUUUAAACAAAAUUUGACGGGCGAAGAUUGGCACACCAAAAUUGAUGAUCUGCAGUGUCAAGAUCGUAAUGAUUUGUUGAUGGUAUCGGUCAUACGAAUUUUGCGUAGAACCUUACCACCAUUUAUUAUUGCAUUUUCAUUGGGAUCAAGAAAUCCUCUUUUGAAUUUGGAGACACUGGAAAAACCGCAUUUAAACAAUUUUGUACAUCCCUGUUUACAAACUAGUUUAUGGUAUAUCUCAUCCAUAAAUUAUGAGUUUGGAGAGAUAAGAACCGAAAAUCAUAAAAAUCAAUGUGCGGACGGAGUUGGUUACUUAAAUACUGCAGAUAAAUACCAAUUGGUAUAUAUGGAGGGUUCAAGACCAAAUGCAGAUGAUGACAAAGAGGUUGCUGAUGCAUCAAAAAUCGCGAACAAUCUACAGAAAAUUUAUAUAAACGUUGUGAAAGACAACAUAAAGUGUAGGCGACGAUUUCCCAAACUUUGCGUUUUUGGUGGGCAAAGUUAUCGUCUCAGGGUUUAUUUACAAUUCUUGGAUUAUUGCGGGGGGAAGUUCCGCCUUAACGAGGUGGAUAAUGCGAAUCUCCCACGUGAUUUCACGGAAAUGCCGGAUUUUGUUUCAUUUUAUGAGUGCAUUAUAAAGUGGGCGAUGCUAGCUCGAGAAAUCAUGGAAGGGUUUGAAGAAUCAAGGACACAAAGAGACCUUCAAGGCUCUCAUAUAUUAGUAGUCUAA